CUCAGCUCCGUCCACCAUGGCGUCCCAACAGCCACAGUACAUUCAGUACAAGCCUCCUAACCAGGAACAGCAUGCCGAGUCGUCCCAGCAGGCUCAACAGGCCCAGCCCCCUCAAAUGCAACCCCCCGCUCAGCCACAUCAGUUGCAAGCGAGCACGUCGCAGCACCCUAUACCGGCAAACUCGAGCGAGUGGGCGAGGGAUCUGGUGCAGCUGGCGAAGACGGCAGAGCUGAAACGCCAUGCAUUGACGUUGCAGAUGCAUACGGCGCAUAUUCUGAGCGCGCAUGCAUCGCUGGAACAGAAGUCGAAGAUGAUUCAGGAUCUGAAGGAGCAGAAGAACAAGCUCGAGAGCGAGCGCAAUCGCUUGCUGAACUGCUUGCGGGAGGUCAACGAAGACCGAGACAAGGCCGAACUCAUGGAACUCAACAUGGACGCCGAAUGUACUACCCUACGCCAGCAAAUAGCCGCACUCACCGAAGGCGAGUACGCCAACGCAAAGCGCGAAGUGGACGCCAUACGCGCCGAGCUGGGGCAAGCACCACUACCAACCCUGCAGAAUACGAUAGACGAGAAGACGUCGCAAUACCUCACACAACGACGCCUUAGCGGUGUCAAGCGCCCGGGCUCCCCGCAACCGGGCCAGCCCGCCAAGCGCCCUCGCGGCCGGCCAAAGGGGAGCAAGACGAAGAAGCACCAUACGCAGCCGGCAGGGGAGAGCGCGAGCGCGCCGCAGUAGCUUCGUCUUCUUCGACAUCGAGCAGCAUCAUCCGUUUGCAAGCCACUAUGGGUACGCAACGGGCAUGCGCUGCGUGACAGUCCGCAUAUUGCCGUCGAUUCCCUUGUAUCUCUGUACACCUGCUCUUGUAUGUCAUUCGCUGAUAGGCUUUUCGAUCCAGUCGAGCGACCGUACGAGUCGAGAAUCCGCA